ACUCCGCAAUUGGAUAUGGGAGAUGUGCCCCAGAAGUGCCACAAAUACGUGAGUGGCUUGAAGUCGGCUAAUUCCAAAUAUCCCAGUUUUGCCCAUUUGUGUUAUCCUGACUGUAUCUAUCGGGAAACGGGAGCUAUGGUCAAUGGAAAAAUAAGAAUGGAGACGGUUAAGCAGUAUUUGGAACAGCAUGUUCAUCGACGGGAUCAGGAUAUCGUUACCCAUAUAGUACACUCUUUUGAGUCCUGCCUGUCCAACGUUAAGGGUCACAUGAAGUCAUCGAACAUUGAGUCAUAUAAAGUCCUGCCCCAUGGCUGUUCACCUUUUGCCGGAAUAAUAUAUAGCUGUGUGAAUGCCGAGACUUUCCUUAAUUGCCCAGCAAAGAUGUGGAAAAAUGAAAAACCCUGCAAUUUGGCCAAGGAAUUCGCCGAACAGUGCAACCCAUUGCCGCAUGUUCCGCUGCCCAGCAGUUGA